UGUUUGUGAAAGCAGACGACGGAGUAGAGACCUGUAAAUCAAAUGAUGUAUAUAAGGGACUGGCUUAUUUGGAAGAGUCAUUUGACAACACUUUGAAGGAGUUACAUAGCUAGGUUCUGCCAUUUAUAUUUCUUGCCAAGAAGCAUCAACAAGUAAGAUGGCAGCUGACGAGAUCGACCAAAAGAAGUUCAAACAUCGCAGUGGGAAGACCAUGCGAUACAUCAAGGGACAAGCCACCCAUGGCAACAUGACUACCUUUACAGGGCAGUUUGGCAUCUUAAAAUCAUCAGUAGGGACAUUGGAUGCCAGCAAAUCAAAGGACUUUGAAAAGAUUGUUCAAGAUGGUGGCUUGGAAUUAACUGGUAAUCACGAGUGGUGGAACCUUCCUGUCACAUACUCUUUAAACAAGAAAAAGAGAUGGCUUCUUCCAGAUAUGAUCGCUGAUGGUAUUGCCGACGAGGAAUUCCACAAGGAUAGCGAUUACAACGUCGUCAUGGUAGAGCGGGAGAUACCUUGCUUCAAAGAACAUCGGGAGACAUCACGCUUGCUGGAUCAACUGGUUCUCAGGACAGGUAAAGCAUCCUGUAAAGCCGUCCAUCGGUCCCAGGGUGAUGAGACUAACUGCAGGAGAGCCAAGAAGAACUGUUCCUAUGAGGGUGAUCUUGUGAGAAACCCAAAGACUAUCCGUAACCGCAGAGAGGAAAAGAAAGAGCGGAGAAGGGAGAGGGCACGGACAGGAAGGAGGAUCGACAUCCCCUCUCAGACGCAGGCAGAGAACGUCCCAAGGCUGCCUGAGCUGCGAUACGAGGUCCUUCGUCCAAUUCCCAUUCACCGAAGCAUCACACAUACAAUAUGUAAAAAAGCGUUGUAUGACGAGGACUACUCUGAACGCAAGAGAAAGCUAACAGGUCAAAAGAAAGACAAGCUUCAACUGGACUCUGAUCUUUGUGAUGAAAUCCAUUUGGAUUUAGAUGAGGAUGAAGAAUGGCCCAUCCACAGUGGUGAUCAGGAGGAGUGUCUCUAUAGGUAUGACGGAGACACUCCUGCAUUUGACCUUAGUUCUUAUAUCAGGACCUAUCAACCAGAAUCUGCAAAAAGGAAUCAUCAAGAGUCAUACAAGACAGGAAGAGAUGAGGCCAAGUUGGAUUCUUCCAGUUCUUCGACGUCACGCAGGAAGCGAUAUGGUAAGGGCUGUGCCAUCUACAGGCCUGACCUUGCGACGCUAGAACCUGAACAGGAGUCGUCCAAGUCGGACCUCAGUGACUUGGAUACCUUGGACAGUGGCUUUGAUUCUGAUGGCUCUUCCGCCGACCACACUGACCACAAGGUUUCCUGGCUCCACCUGGGCAGUGUCGCCAAAGAGGGCGUCCUUUCAGAGAGACUCCGUAUGGACUUUGGGCAUGAUUAUUCCGAGGGACGCUCUGUACCCAGGAGGUUUUCAAUUAAGCUGAAGGCAGUCUCUGACAGUGGGGUUCCUGUUGGUGCAUCUGCUGUCUUUGCCACAGAUGAUGUGAGGCAGGAUCCUGGAAUGGUGAAUUUGAGGCUAAGGUGUUGCAGUGCAGAUUUCCCAGUGCAAGAUCUUCAUCAAGCUGUCAGAGAAAAAAUUGUAACUCCACCUCUUGUGAAAACAUCCCUCAUGGAACAACUAAAAGAGAGCCUUUCAUGUUACGCUGACAGUUCCCAAGAAGGAGUAGGAUCCAAGAUCUGUAAACCAAAGAAACCGGAAGUCACGCUAGAUACAGUGCAAAGCAUGAUGGGAUGGACGUUCAACUACGACACCGCUGAACGUGUCAAAGCUCAAUUAGACGAGGAGGAAACACAAGAGGAUUCAAGUGCAACUUCCGAUGAAUUCUCUAACACAAUACCCGAUGGAGAGGACUCCUGCGGCAUCUGCUUUGAGACUCUGGCUCCCUCUGGUGGUGAAGACGAAGAGAUGGGGACUGCUCUGCUUGGGUGUGGCCACUUAUUCUGCAAUGAAUGCUGGGUACAUCAUGUGACCAACAGGGUGAUGAUGGGCGAGACGAGCAUUCGCUGUCCGGCCUUCAAGUGUGAAUCUGUCCUGGACAAGGUCACUCUCCUGUCUCUCCUGCCCGACUCCCUCGUCUGCAUCCAUCUCUCUCAUCUCCACGAUAACCGCAUCAAUGAGCACCCCGAGUGGAAAUGGUGUCCCAAUCCCAAAUGCGGCCGGCUUGCCCAGGUCCGGGAUGCAGCAUGGACUGAGCCGGGUGGGGAUCUGUCGGGAGGACCAAGGGUGCCGGAGCGGGUACUGGGGUUGCCUGUACCCUGCGAGUGCGGGGUGUCAUGGUGCUCUGAGUGUAAAGAGGUUGCCCACUGGCCAGCUACCUGCAAGCAAGCAGAACAAUAUCAUCAGUACAUGAAAGAAAGUGGUGUUGACCACGCCAGAUCGGAACAUAUCAGGUCUGUUGAAGUCAAGCGAUGCCCGUCUUGUCGAAACCCGAUGCAGAAGAACGGCGGCUGCAUGCAUAUGAUGUGCAACUGUGGUGCUAGUUUCUGCUGGGAGUGUCUCGGAGUGUGGGAUGAACACAACUGGGAUGCCUGGGAUUUCCGGUGCCCCCAGGGAAAAGAAAACUUUGAGACUGUAUUGCUGUCGUUAAAGAAAAAUGACUCCAUCUUCUUCAUGGAGCUUGCCGUUGAGAAUCAUAAGAUGAGGAGUCGCCAGACAGUUAUGAAGCACCACCAGCAGGCCUCGAGGCUAGCCAAGAGGAUGUUCUUUGUCCCUGAAGCCAUGUCCCGCCUCACCUGUGACUAUCCACUUCUACAAGGUGUCCCGACUGAUCAAGAUCUGGUACCUUGGAGCUACUCCUCCAGCCAAGAUGACCAAUCACGGCUGAUUUCAUUGAUCACCACGGCAACCAAAAUGGCCGCCUUUGCAGCAGAGGUACAUCUGCUCCUAGAGUAUAUGAGCACUUUGAUAGGACACUUGCCACGGAAACAAAGGACCGGGAAGAAAGCCUGGAAGCUCAUCAUCCGCAGACUGAUGUUCAUUGCAUGCAGAAUGGAAGAACUCCUUGAGCGGCAGCAUGAGAAACCUGCAGUGACUGUAUGGAGGAGCCUCACUUUACUGCUUCACCAGGGUCAACUGUGCUUCAAAGACAUCACCAGGACAAUGCCACUCCUGCACAAGGGACUUCAGAAUGUCAAAGGUCAAGGGUCAAAGAGGACUACUGAAGGGAAUUCGCAAGGAGCAAGGAAUUGAAUCUUAGUGGUUGUUUCAAGUAUUUCAGUCAGGACAACUCUGCUUCAGAGACAUCACAAAGGACAAUGCCACUCCGGCACAACGGACUUCAGAAUGUCAAGGGUCAGAGAGGACAGUUGAAGAAGACCAGCAGAACCCUUGAGGAGCAAGGAAUCAAAUCGUAGUGCCCACUCACUAGAUUAAAUUUCUAUUCCACACAUUUAUGUACAUUCUCCACUCCCUUGGGGGUAAAUAUGGAUAG